AUGACUCUCUCUCCAGCUGUCACGUCUCCGACUGAGAGGAGGAGCAACCCGGAGCCUAGAAAAAAGCGGAAACGGUCCAGCCGGGGCUGUCUCCCCUGCAAGACCCGCAAGGUGAAGUGUGACGAGAAUCCCGAAGCAUGCUCCAAUUGCACCCGUCUUGGGUUUGAAUGCCAAUAUGAAGAUGGUUCAUCAGAAAGUGUCACAUCUUUAACCAAGAAGCGUACGCGGCAGGCAUGCGUGCUAUGCAGGAACUCCAAACUACGAUGUUCUGGGAGUUGGCCCAAGUGUGACAGGUGCCACUCACACGAACUUGACUGUGUCUACGAGAAAGUUGGCACCGGUAUGACAACAGUGUCUGAAGAACCUGCUUCUCCAUUCGCCCGUGGUCAGAUCGAAGGUCAAACAGAGAUACACCAUCCCGAGUCCACUUCUCUGGACCUGCGGCGAAGUAUCUUACAGAUUCAUAUUGACGCAUUUUUCCAUCAUGUCUGGACAACUUCGGCUUUCAACUUUAUACACAAGGGCUCAUUUCUGAGGUCCUGGCAUACUGGUGCCAUGGCAAAGAACCUGGUACGAGUCGUCACGAGCGUAUCUUCUCGCUUCGUGUCCAACAGACCUCGCUCAGAUAACGGAGACUCCUUUGAUUAUCCUGGGCCCAAGUGGCUCGCCGAUGUUGAGUUGGCAGUCUUCCGCGAUCUCAGCUCCCUCUCCAUUCCCCGACUGCAGAUCCUUCUACUUCUUAUUUUUGACCAUCUGGCUUCCGGUCGCCUGGUCACGGCAUGGAACCUCUUGGCCUUGGCCAGUACUCAUGCCUUUGCGCUCAAACUGAACCACCCAACAGAUGCCGUUCUUCCUACCAACCAGGAGUGUCGUCGGCGUUUGAUAUGGUGCGUCUAUUAUCUAGACAAGGUAAUCGGAUGUGAGGGUCUCGGGUAUCCAUCACAGUGCCCGCGCGAGAAAAUCCGGGUGACUCUGCCUUGUGAUGACCGACUAUUUGGCCUCGAGCAGGAGACUGCGACUCCUUACCUUCAAGAUAUGGUUUCUGAGAGCUUACAAAAUCUGGAAUCUCUUGGCGUGACGGCAUAUUUGAUUCGCAUACUCGAUCUGCGUGAACAAAUCCAAAUCUUUCUCCAAUUUGAGGGCAAGGACAAGACCACCGCGGGUCUUUGGGACGAUGGCGGCCGCUUUAUGGACUUGAGACGGCAACUCGCCGAGUUCCAGAAUCUCUUGCCUCCAGAAAUGCGUAACAACGAGAGAGCCUUGUUCUUACGGGCAUCCACACCUGACGCUGGAGUGUAUACCAUGGUCCAUAGCUGGCUUCAUACAGCUGCUUGCGAACUGUAUCUCCACUUUCUCGAGCCGACCACGUCAGCUGAUCAAAAUGUUUCUCCGGACAAAGGCUACGACCAAGCGCUUUUGGAUCGCUGUCGGGACGAGUUGGCGCGCCAUGCAAACACCCUUCAUCAGUUCUGGGCUCGUCUACACUCGGUUCAGCGGUAUUCUGAGCGUUUCUUUGUGACUGAUACGACAAUAGCACGUUGUGUCUAUAUCAAUACUCGGUCAAUGCUACUCCUCACGAGAUACCAAACUGAGACUUCGGGGCUAGCCAAGACGCCACUUCAUCUAAACCUCGAAAUCCUAGAGCCAUUGGCCCAAGUGAGUCCUUAUGUUGGUUCAUGGGUAAGCCAUCACCACUCCUAG